AUGUCUAACAAUCUAGUUCUCAAACUCCGUACCAGAACCCAGACCAUGCGAGUUAGGGUUGACUCCGAGAAACUGACCGAUAUGUACCAGAUCAAAGACUAUAUUGAGCAGUCUUGGACUCAGUUGAAGGGCAAAGACUACCGUGUCUAUUAUGUAGAUGAGUUCGGAGAGAUGUGCCUCCUGAAUGAUCUGUCUUUGGGUGAUGCUAUUGCAACGGUACAAGAGCUCAAUAUGUCGGCUAAGAAUAUCCCUGUGUUGGAUUUGUUCAUCCAGGCUGAAGGGGAAGAGGUUCCGCUAUCAUCAAAAAGUCAGUCAGACGAUGAUGGUGAGAUUGCUCGAGAAGUUGAUGUUGCUAAUACUCUAGCUCAAGUGUUGGACGAUAUGGACUACAUGGACAGUCUCGAUGUUGCUGAGCAGUUUGUUGAGGGUUUG